GACGCGGCUGCAGGCUGAAGAGACACAAGAGAAGUCGCUGUCGCCACUGUCGCAUCCGCCGCCACCUGAAGCUUCCGGGACCGUCUGCCUCGCCGUCCCUUCUGAGCCUCCCGCGCCAUGCCGUCGGAGAAGACCUUCAAGCAGCGUCGCACCUUCGAACAAAGAGUAGAAGACGUCCGACUUAUCCGAGAGCAGCAUCCGACCAAAAUCCCGGUGAUAAUAGAACGAUACAAGGGUGAGAAGCAGCUUCCUGUCCUGGAUAAAACCAAGUUUCUUGUACCUGAUCAUGUCAACAUGAGUGAACUCAUCAAGAUAAUUAGAAGGCGCCUACAACUCAACGCUAAUCAAGCCUUCUUCCUGCUAGUGAAUGGGCACAGCAUGGUGAGCGUAUCCACACCAAUUUCAGAAGUGUAUGAAAGUGAAAAGGAUGAAGAUGGAUUCCUGUAUAUGGUGUAUGCCUCUCAGGAGACAUUUGGAAUGAAAUUGUUGGUGUAAGACUAGAAAAAUGCAUCUGUUCUAGAAUUUUUUAAACCCUUACCAACAGGAAAAAAAAGGGAUGUUACCAACUGAGAUUGAUCAGUUCAUCUAAUCACAGAUCAUCAAAACAGUAGUGUUCCUGCCUAGGAGCUUUAGAAAGUUGUUUUUGUACUUCAAGCAGAAAAACUGGGCUCCAAACGAGCACACUCAGCUUUGGAAAACUACAUUAUUUAACCUAGGCUGUCUUGUUUUCAGAUUUAGAAGUUUAAAAAUAAAAUACUUUGCAUUCUGAGUUACCAUAAAAUAGACCUUCAGUUAUUUUAAUGCUCUUUCCACAACAGGAACUUGCAUUUUGAGCAGAGACAAUAAAUCUUUUCUCUAGGUUCAUAAAACCAGCCAACUUUUUAAUUGGAGGGUUUCUACCCAACUAGAGAGGUCUCUAAGAGGAUCUUUAAGCAUAAGUUGUCAAGCAUAGCCCCCCCAAAACACAUUUGCCAUAACACUUGGCGAGAAGGCCAAAUAGGGGUGUGUAAGAAAACUGUGAACUGCUGUGAAAGGUUCCUCCUGAUUCCUAGUGAGUACACCCCAAGUCAAUGCUCUUGCAGUGUUAGGAAGUUCUUACUUGGUUUGUUCCCCAGGAAGUAACACACACAGAAAAAUAUCACUGCUCAGUAGGAACCUUGAAUAAUUUAUUUUGGUCUAGUUUCUCAAAAGUCCCAGAGAAAAAAAAUGACAUUUCUUCUGUUUCAGAUAUUCUCUGAUCAAAAAGGUCAAACUAGUGCUUGUUUGGUGAUUAAACAAGCAAUUGUAUCAGUUUCAUUCUUUAGGGCAGGGCUGGGAACUACAGAAUCCUCAAACUAAAGGUGUUAAAAUUCAGAUGCACUUCCUCUACAUUUAAGCUUAAGGCUGCAGAUGAUCCAUAUUUUACAUUAGGUGUGUGACUAAAAUAUGUGAUUAAAAAGUUACCACAUUUUAACGAGUAUUUCAGUUAUCACCGCUAGGUCAGACCACCAUCGAAAUUCCCGCACUGUAAGUGCACGUCAGUUGUGAAGAAAGCAGUAAAAGGAGAUACAUUCUGUUUGCAGAUACUAAUGUCAAAAAUUAAAACUUAUUUUCCAUAUCCAACUAGAAUAACCAAUGCUUCCUACUACCUGCAUGGGGCUCGUUAGUUUACUGUUUUUAUGGGAGUAUCACAAAAAGAUCACAUACCACUUUAGACUACAUGUUGCAGGUCAUGAUUUGCCCUUGUAUGUUUAGAUGUGUAUGGAACACCUGCAUCAGUUAGUGGAAAUUAUUUGCUGUAAUGGAGGGAUUAGGCAAUAUUACUGCAUAUGGGCCUUCAACCCCCCCAAGCUCCCGUCACCUACUCCUGUUGCAUGCGUCUGUCUACAUGGCUAACUUUUAAUAUGUAUAUUUUUACAUUAUGUACAUUCUUAAUCGGCCUGUCUUGUUUAGAUUGUAUACGUCAUAUCUGACAUUGUUGUAACUACUGUGUGAUCAAUAAGAUUCCUAUAAGAAAUUCUGCUUUUUAAAAAAAAAAAUCAAGGCGAGAGGGGUGACGUAUAUCCCAGAUUAGUGGGUGGUCACUCUAUAUUUAUAGCAUCUUUAAAACAACCAGUACAUUUUUAAUGAACUAAGGUCAAUAAAGGCACAAUUAAAAACUUA